CACACACACACACACACACUCUCUCUCACACACACAAGUACACCUGUUAUAUCUUACUCUCGCGCACACACACACACACACACACACACACAAACACACACUCUCUCUCGCUCUCUCUCUCUCUCUCUCUCUCUCUCUGACACGCACCUACUAUAUCUCACUCACACACACUCUCUCUCAGACACACACACAAACACACACACCUAAUAUAUUUUACUCACACACACACACACACACACACACACACUCUCUCUCUCUCUCUCACACACACACACACAAACACACACACCUAAUAUAUUUUACUCACACACUCAUACACACACACACACCUAAUAUAUUUUACUCACACACACAUAACACACACACUCACACACACACACACACACACACCUGAUGUAUAUUACUCACACACAUUCUCUCCUUCACACAAACACACCUGUUAUAUCUUACUCUCACACACACACACACUCUCUCUCUCACACACACACAAACACACACACCUAAUAUAUUUUACUCACACACUCAUACACACACACACACCUGAUGUAUCUUACUCACACACAUAAACACACACACUCACUCACACACACUCACUACCUGCUAUAUCUCAUUCACACACAUUCACUCACUCUCUCACACUAUAUCUUACUCACACACACAUGUAUAAAGACAUGCACUCACACUCUCUCUCACAAACACACACACCUACUAUAUCUCACUCUCUCAAACACACAUAAACACAUAAACACAUAAACACACAAACACACAAACACACACACACACACACACACACACACACACUCCAGCGGGCUGUGAAGCUGCGCGCGGGGGAUCGAUGCUUCUAUCUGGGAUGAUCCGUCCAGCGUGGACCCGGUUCUGGCUCAGUCCGCGGCCGCACACCCAGCAGUGACAGUCCCGGUGUUCGGAGCAGCAGACCGGCUGGAGGAGGAUCUUAACGGAGUCCGGGACGGCACCGCGACUCCCCUCCCCCCUCCCUCUCCUCACCCCCGUCUCCUCUCGCUGGACAGAAAUUAACGGAAAGCAACUGGCGGAGGUUCCGGGAGCCCGUCCCGCUCUCGGUGCCCUUUCUUCACGACUCUUUAACGGGACCGGGACUUCGUGCGAACUCCGAGGAGCCGGUGUUUUCCGGUCAGCAGCGCGGGGCGGACUGACGUGCCACCGGACCGCCUCUCCCCGCGGCUCCGCUCAUUUGAAAUGCCGUUUGGUACCAUGUUGGAUCUUGGCAGAGGCCACCGGAACCGGUCAGAACAGAAUGCUCCCCGGACCGUCUUCUGGCUCGUUGGCUGCUCCUCUAACCGGAGAUGUGGCCGGUUUCUGGGCUGAAAGUUGAGAGCUCCCCGGUGCAGAACCUCCACAGGUCCGGACGGUCCGGCUAACCCUCCGCGGGUCCAAGUUCGGUUGUGACUGGAAAUGAGAGAGAAAAGGGCAACAGGAGGGCCCCGGUUCCCCUCGCAGCCCGUUUCUGUUCCCACACACGCACGCGCAGACACGCAGGCUGGACUUACAGUAGCCUAACACCCCCCAACACACACACACACACACACACACACACAUGCACGUUCCCGGUCUGAGAUCGGACCGGACCGACAUGUACUCUCCGCUGUGCCUGACUCAGGAUGAAUUCCAUCCUUUCAUCGAAGCCCUGCUCCCUCAUGUCCGGGCCUUCGCUUACACCUGGUUUAACCUGCAAGCUCGUAAGAGAAAGUACUUCAAGAAGCAUGAGAAGCGCAUGUCCAAGGAGGAGGAACGUGCUGUGAAGGACGAGCUGCUGGGAGAAAAACCUGAGGUCAAACAGAAGUGGGCGUCUCGCCUCCUGGCAAAACUACGGAAAGACAUUCGGCCCGAGUUCAGGGAGGACUUUGUUCUCACAGUGACGGGGAAAAAGGUGCCAUGCUGUGUCCUCUCCAACCCAGACCAGAAAGGCAAGAUGAGGAGGAUCGACUGUCUCCGGCAGGCAGACAAGGUCUGGAGGCUGGACCUAGUCAUGGUGAUUUUAUUCAAAGGGAUUCCUUUGGAGAGCACGGACGGGGAGCGGCUGGUCAAGUCUCCUCAGUGUUCGAACCCAAGCCUGUGUGUGCAGCCACACCACAUCGGGGUCUCUGUGAAGGAGCUGGACCUGUACCUGGCCUACUUCGUCCAUGCAGAAACCGGCUCAUCAGCAAGCCCCAACCAAGCCAGCGAAUCAGAUAUCAAGGAGCAGCCAGAGAAUGGUCACCUGGGCUUCCAGGACAGCUUUGUCACACCUGGAGUGUUCACUGUUGCCGAGCUUGUCCGGGUCUCUCAAACGCCCAUCGCAGCUGGCACCGGGCCAAACUUCUCCCUGGCGGACCUGGACAGCUCCUCCUACUACAGCAUGAGUCCAGGAGCCAUGAGGAGACCUCUUCCCAGCACCUCCUCCUCCAGCUCUGCCAAGAGGAUAAAGUGCAUGGAGGACGACGUGGACAGUCCAAGUGAGGAGUCCUACUACCCGAGUCAGGGACGGUCUCCAGGCAAUGGCAGCCAGGCCGGCAGCUGGCACGACGUGGAGCCAGCUGGAUAUAAGCUGCGUGGCUCUCUAGCUAGCUCGUUCAUCUCCCGUCAAGCCAGCCCUCAUGCCGCCCCCUCCAGCCUCCACUUCUCCUCCUCUCCCAUCCUGCAGCAGCCGGCCUCCUACUUCUCACACCCAGCCAUCCGGUACCACCCCCAGGAGACGCUGAAGGAGUUCGUCCAGUUGGUCUGCCCCGACUCCACCCAGCAGGCUGGACAGGUGGGCUUUCUCAACCCCAACGGCAGCUCCCAGGGCAAGGUCCACAACCCCUUCCUACCUACACCCAUGCUGCCUCCCCCACCCCCUCCCCCCAUGGCCCGGCCUGUCCCACUGCCCGUCGACACCAAGCCACCCUCCACGUCUUCCACUGAGGGGGGAGGAAGCAGCUCCCCCUCCUCACCCACGUACUCCACGCCCACCACCUCCCCAGCCCAGCGCUUCGUCAGCGUCGGACCCCGGGAUCCAGGCUUUAACAUCCCCCAGCAGCCACAGUGGUACCUGGGAUAAGGACUCCUGAGGACCUGCCACCCAACUGUACAGCAAAGUGAUGCAGUUUCCUCCUUGACCUCUGACCUUUGAUACCCGCUGUGACUGAAAGCCCCCACCCCCAUCUGCAUGGCUACAGCAGAUCACCCACCCACCUUGUCAGCUGUUCAUCUCGGACUUCCUGUGGACUUCUGAAUCUUGAGUCCACUGAGCCGGACCUGGAGCCCCACCACCACCCUUUAACCACCAAAGCUGGAACAGGCUCAUAAAUGUGUGGAUGGGGGUGCUGGGGAGUUACUGAGCCAUCAGUUUCCAUCUUCAGACUGAAUCUUAGUAGAAAUUACGAAUGCACUCUCCCAUCACCCUUCCAUAUCCAACCUGCUUCCUACACUUAUGGGUCAAAAACCACCAGCUAAACCUUCAACAUACCUGAGCCUAGCACACCUCCUGGGAUAGGCUCCACCCCAUUUCAUCCCACCCUCAAGCUGGGAGGUCUAAGAGGGAGGGCAUGGACAUAACUGGGAUGAGCUUACUGGAGUCCCUGCCCUUUCCAAUAAAAAAACUCCCUGGAUUGCAUAAAUGGGCUGGGCUUAGGGGUGGGGCUGGGGUAAUGGGCUGGGCUUAUGGGUGGGGGUGGGGUAAUGGGCUGGGCUUAGGGGUGGGGGUGGGGUAAUGGGUGGGGCUUAGGGGUCGAUGCUGAUCUGGAUUUUCUGCUCAUUCCGGCCCAGGCUUCAGCUUCAUGACUCAUUGACUUGUCACAAUUUCAGCUGCUCUUCUCUUUUAUCAUCCACCUGUGAAGGUGAGGGUGCAGCAUGCAAGGGUGGUGUUGGGUGGUGUUUACAGCGAGGCAGGCAGGACAGAGAGCCAUCUCUAAAACGUUACAGUCAAAUCGCGAGGAAAGUGCAAUGCUGUUGGCCCUGCUUGAUAAUCUGAUUACCUAUCUUUGUAAGAUAGUUUGGUGGAAACGGUUCGUCAGAAGUUCUAUUUUCUUCCAGUCCGCCUGCAAGGCAGGGACUCUAAAUCGGGUCAAGACCCAACCGAACCGGCACCAAACCAGAACCCUUAGCUGUGAGAGAAAUGAGGAGCUGAAUUCACUUUAAUGUUUCUUAUUUGUUUAUAUGAGGAUUGAUAUGAGAAUCCCUUUAAGGAAUAUCAGUUAAACAAUCAGUUUUUUAAGCAUUUCUGUUAUUUAUGUACUUAAAACAAAAAGCGCUAAGCGGCUAACUUAUUCUACUGAGCACUUCGUUCUUGUAAACGGACAUGAGGAGAAAAUCUCUGAAUCUAAUCGGUAACAGGCUGUCGUCUGAGAGGCAACCAGCCAAUCACAAGUACUUGUUCUUGUGAUUGGCCAAUGGAGGAUGUGUCGCUUCAGUUUUCUAUAAAUAUACACAAAUACACACACACACACCUCCAACAGCGUUAAAGAAAAGUGAAUUUGAGUGAAAAUGUCUUAAGUGCAUGUUGUAGUGUUAGUGCCAGUGUUCCAUAGAUGUUGUUUUAUCGAGACAAAGUCAGGCUCCCCACAACAGGCUCCUGGCAUCACAGCCCUAGCGCUGCUGCAAACCCCGCUGCUGCAGUUCUAACGCAGCUGCAGCGCUAACACUGAUGCUGCAGCGCUAACACUGAUGCUGCAGCGCUAACACUGAUGCAGCUGCAGCGCUAACACUGAUGCAGUUUCAGUGCUAACACUGGCGCUGCUGCAAACCCCGCUGCUGCAGUUCUAACGCAGCUGCAGUGCUAACACUGAUGCUGCAGCGCUAACACUGAUGCAGCUGCAGCGCUAACACUGAUGCAGCUGCAGCGCUAACACUGAUGCAGUUUCAGCGCUAACACUGACGCUGCUGCAAACCCCGCUGCUGCAGUUCUAACGCAGCUGCAGCGCUAACACAGACAGUUUCAGCGAAAACACCCACGCUGCUGCAGCGCUAACACUGAUGCAGCUGCAGCGCUAACACUGACGCUGCUGCAAACCCCGCUGCUGCAAUGCUAACACUGAUGCAGUUUCAGCGCUAACACUGAUGCAGUUUCAGCGCUAACAGUGAUGCAGUUUCAGCGCUAACAGUGAUGCAGUUUCAGCGCUAACACUGGCGCUGCUGCAAACCCCGCUGCUGCAGUUCUAACGCAGCUGCAGCGCUAACACUGAUGCUGCAGCGCUAACACUGAUGCAGCUGCAGCGCUAACACUGAUGCAGUUUCAGCGCUAACACUGACGCUGCUGCAGCGCUAACACUGACGCUGCUGCAAACCCCGCUGCUGCAGUGCUAACACUGAUGCAGUUUCAGCGCUAACACUGAUGCAGUUUCAGCACUAACACUGAUGCAGUUUCAGCGCUAACACUGAUGCAGUUUCAGCGCUAACACUGAUGCAGUUUCAGCGCUAACACUGAUGCAGUUUCAGCGCUAACACUGGCGCUGCUGCAAACCCCGCUGCUGCAGUUCUAACGCAGCUGCAGCGCUAACACUGAUGCUGCAGCGCUAACACUGAUGCAGCUGCAGCGCUAACACUGAUGCAGUUUCAGCGCUAACACUGACGCUGCUGCAAACCCCGCUGCUGCAGUUCUAACGCAGCUGCAGCGCUAACACAGACAGUUUCAGCGAAAACACCCACGCUGCUGCAGCGCUAACACUGAUGCAGUUUCAGCGCUAACACUGACGCUGCUGCAGUGCUAACACUGACGCUGCUGCAAACCCCGCUGCUGCAGUGCUAACACUGAUGCAGUUUCAGCGCUAACACUGAUGCAGUUUCAGCGCUAACAGUGAUGCAGUUUCAGCACUAACACUGAUGCAGUUUCAGCGCUAACACUGGCGCUGCUGCAAACCCCGCUGCUGCAGUUCUAACGCAGCUGCAGCGCUAACACUGAUGCUGCAGUGCUAACACUGAUGCAGCUGCAGCGCUAACACUGAUGCAGUUUCAGCGCUAACACUGACGCUGCUGCAAACCCCGCUGCUGCAGUUCUAAUGCAGCUGCAGCGCUAACACAGACAGUUUCAGCGAAAACACCCACGCUGCUGCAGCGCUAACACUGACGCUGCUGCAAACCCCGCUGCUGCAGUGCUAACUCUGAUGCAGUUUCAGCGCUAACACCCAUGCAGCUGCGGCGCUAACACUGAUGCUGCUGUGAUGCUAAUGCGGUUGAGUUCUUUAGACUCUACCAGACGUCCACUAAAAGAAACUCGGGCCUUUCUUGCUCUCCGGGUUGUAAAGUCCUUCAGCGUUCUAGAUAAUGGAUCAAAGUCGAGUUCUUGCAGGUUUUUUCUGGUUCUGUUUCAGGUCUGUCUGUUCUUCCCGUCACUCUUGUGGUGGACAUUAAUUUGUGCACUAGAUGUGAGACAGGAUAAAACAGCAAAGGGAAUUAAUCUUUAAAAAGUUGCACAGAUAUUCUUCUUAAGUGUCAAAAAUGAAAAGAGGACAGGAACCGGUCCACUAGGGGGCGCGUGGGUUGAGCUAACGGAUCUACAACAAUAGUUCAGGUGGUGACUUGAGCCUCCAUGUUCUGCAGUCUUUAGCUUGGCCUCUACAGAGCAGCACUGCUGGGUGCCACCAGAACCGGCCUCUCUAGCUCUAUAGUUUAAUGAAGCUGCAUGUUUUCUAACGCAGGACUUUUGUAACGACGGUGAAAUGAGGUGUUGUAACUUUUCUGACUGUUUGUAUCAAGGCCAUCAGAAUCGGUCUGGUUUUCUGUCUAGGAUCUGGAGCUGAGGUGAAUACUUCCUGUUUGUGUUUUUUGUUGUGUAUUUAAGGACUGUUGUUGGUUUGUAAAGUCCACAACCAAUCAGAACCUUGUUAACUGUUCUGUAUGUGUCAGAGCCAAUGAGGAUGGGUUUAGUCAGGAGGAACCAUCUCAGCAUCUUCUUUUGUGUUCUCCAUCCCACGCAGAACAAUAAACAGCUUGAUUACAGAA